AAUGUUUCGGAAGUGGACACGGCAGCCGGAGAAGGAGUCGAAGAAACAGGGCGGAGAAAGGUAGCUGCCGAGGGGGACAGGGAAAAUGACAAACACUCGUCCGUUUUAGCCCCGGGCCAAGCAAAUAAUAUAUUUAACUUUCCUGUCACAAAGCUCUGCGGCCAGUCGGAAAGCUGCUUGCUCUGCGGUGGACGGCCACACGUUCACGCUCUCUCUCCUGUGACUGCUCAGACCGAAGCUGCACGGGAAAAAAAGGCUGCGAAAAGCCGGCAUCCUCCGCGAGAGCUCGUGUCAAAAGUGCUGGCGGCCGGGGGAGAUCUAAGGGCCAUGCAUCAGGGGUGAGGGGGAUUCGCUGCGGGGGAGACACACGCACGGCAUCGGGCGAGGAGCGGGUCGGGGCCGGGGCCGGGGCCGGGCGGAGCGGAGAUGAAGCUCAAACAGCGCAUGGUGGUGCUGUGUGCCGUGCUCCUCCUGCUGGGCCUGGCCAAGAUUUUCCUGCUGGAUGGAGGUGAAGGAUCUGCAGCCACCCGCCGGGACCUCCGAGCGUUUCGAAAGAUGGAAGCCGGCCUCUCCCUGUCUCGGGGGGCACGCCUCACUCACACCCUGCAGUCUCCAUGGGAGAUAGCGAGCCAGUGGGUUGGCCCCAGAGAGGUGUACCCGGAGGAGACCCCGGAGCUGGCUGCUGUGCUCACCGCCAUGAGCACUGCCAGGAUAGAGCGAGCCGAUGUGGGCUACAAGGGGACGCAGCUCAAAGCCUUGCUGGUGCUAGACGGAGGUCAGAAAGUGGUCUUCAAACCCAAGAGGUACAACAGAGACUACGUGGUUGAAGGAGAGCCGUACGCAGGCUACGACAGACACAACGCAGAGGUGGCUGCUUUUCACUUGGACAGGAUCCUUGGGUUCAGGAGAGCGCCUCUGGCCGUGGGUCGAUACCUUAACCUGCGAACGGAGAUCAAACCUGUAGCCACAGACCAGCUGCUGAGCACUUUCCUCAUGCAGGGUAAUAAUACGUGCUUCUAUGGGAAAUGUUACUACUGUCGGGAGAGUGAGCCAGCGUGUGCCGAGGGAGAGACCAUGGAGGGGUCGAUAACCCUUUGGCUUCCAGACGUCUGGCCGUUGCAGAAACACAGGCACCCGUGGGGACGCACGUACAGAGAAGGGAAACUGGCCAGGUGGGAGUAUGAUGAAAGCUACUGUGAGGCGGUGAAGAAGAUGCCCCCGUACGACGCAGGGCCGAGGCUGCUAGACGUCAUCGACUCGGCCAUAUUUGAUUAUCUCAUUGGCAACGCUGACCGACAUCACUACGAGAGUUUCCAGGAUGACGGAGGCGCAAGCAUGGUCAUCCUGCUUGACAAUGCUAAGAGCUUUGGGAACGCAGCCCUGGAUGAACGGAGCAUCCUGGCACCGCUCUAUCAGUGCUGCAUGAUUCGUGUCUCCACGUGGAACAGGCUGAACCUGCUGAGAAGCGGAGCUCUGAGUUCGGCCAUGCGCCAGGCUCUAGCCUUCGACCCCAUCCAACCGGUGCUGGCUGAACCACACCUCACUGCCCUGGACAGGCGUCUCUCUGGAGUCAUAGCAACUGUAAAGCAGUGCAUAGAGACACAGGGCCCCGACAACACACUCAUAGAGGACCGAAUGAACCUCCCACAUCCCUAGAAACAAGGCAAGGGGGGGCAAAAAGCGCUACCAGGACUACUUCCCAUGCCCGAAGGAGAGGAGAGGGACUCAGCAGAUCAACCUUGAUAUCAGAGACGGAGAAUGGAUGAGCGGGACGAGGAAAUAAAUCGACAGGGUGGAACAAAGACUAUUUCUUCAUCCCUUGUCUCAUCUUUACUCACCAUGACUGGAGUCAGAGCGUUCAAACUGUCACCUUCUACUAUGUAAACUCUCUCUCAGGACUGUUGUGCACUACAGGACAGUGUCUGCUUUAAGAACCUGUCCGUUUGUCACUACUGGUUUUGACGACGCUCCUGCCUUGUGCCAAAUCCUCCCUCCCGGUCGGACCCCUCCUUAGGAGUCAGCGACGGAGGAAGGAUGGAGCUCAGAGAGAUGAACACACAGAAGAAAGGAGGGGUGAUUAAACUGAGCCAGCGAAGUCUCACUGAAAGACAGCCAUAUUUAAUACUGCCUGGAGCUCACAGUCCAGGGACCUGAAGAAAUUCCUCAAAUUCAGGAAAUUUAUUUUAAAAACUUUUUUUUUUUUUCUUCCUUGAAUUGAAAUUUACCUUUUGAAGGAAAACAGGAAUUGAUCAGUGUGUACAUAUUUAACUACAUACAGACAUAGAAUCAAGAGAAAGAAUAUAAAUGUGUGGAUUACGAUGUUAAAUUAGGGUGUGCGUGUGCGCGUGGAUGGAUGUGUGUGAGGACAGGUGCCAUAUUGUGCCGUAAAUGAGAAAAGCUACUGACAUGACAGACUUGAAGUGUGGGGACACAAAGGUUGGUGUCUGGGUUCAUCUUCAGCAUUAAACUAUGAUCUAUAUA